CAGUUUGAUUCACGGCAUAUAAAAUAAAGGGCACAUUGCCAAAUGUCAUUCUUCAGGAAAUCAAUCUCUUCAUUGCAGAGGUUGUGUUAUAGAAAUUCCAGUUGUGACUGUUUUGAAGCCAAACUGAAUGGUAAGCGCCCUAUUAAUUGGCACAGUGAAGCUUUCAAAACAAGUGUUUUUAAAUUUCACUUUACCAAAUCUACUCACAGUAUAUCAUAAAGAGUAACUGCAGAAGUAGUAAUGAAUGUGUGAGAAUAAAUACCUUCUGGGCUAAGUAGCUUCAUGUCUAUAUGUUAUACUUGCUGCUGGGGGUGUUACCACUGUACUUUUAUUUUUAAUCUCUGUGUGUCCCUGGCUGUAGGGCUUUUUACACACAGAAUAGAAAAGUUCUUUGUUCCCAUUGUGAACUGAGCUGAGCAGUAAAGGGUUUUUCAUCUCCAGAUAAGCUUCCUGUUUUCUGCUGGCUCUCUCUGGAGGAACAAAAUGAAGAGCUGCAGAGCUCUACAGCUGAUUAGAUUACCUUGCCAUGUGGCUCACUUAUUGAUAGUAGAUGAACUCAGUUGCUUCAGGAAAAGAAAGGAGAGCUGAACUGAGGCAGGUCUGAACUUUCAGUGAACAAAAUAGGUCCUGUUCUUGCAUGCUGAGAUUUUUUAUCAGUGGAUCAUAGAAGAAUGACUGUCAGUCAUCUUAUGUGGGGGAAAGGGUAUCUGAUUGUGUGAGAUAUAUAGUUCUGCAGUUUAUUACUGUGAAUGCAUUGUAUAAAAUGUUUUAUUUUGUUAUCCUGCCUCCUGGGCCAAUUAGGAUACACAAUGCUAUUAUGUCUAAAUAUGAAGAGUUACUUUUUAAAUGUAAUCUUUUAACAACCCCUUUAUAAAACAAAAAAGAUUUAUGUGUGACUGCCACUUGGAGUGAAUUAUAGACCCAUCUGUUGAAUCUCACAUGUCUCUCCAUGUAGUCACUUUCUUCAGGCACCUGUGCUGAAGUCUUUUGAUGACCCAGGUGCUACUGAUAAUACUCAAUACGCCCUGCUGUUGACCGUGAAGUGACUGUGAGCGGAUCUCUUUCACGCGCUCUGAACACCGGCGCGCGCCCUCUGGAGAAGUCCGUUGGCUCUGUGACGCUUGUCCCGCUGACUGUCACUGAAAUUAUUAGCAGUUUAUCAUUUAGACGAAAUGUGUUACCAGCACGUGGAGGGCCCGUUAUUCCGGUUGCUGUGUUGGAAAACUGGAGAGGAAUAAUGCUGUGCUGAGUCAACAAGAGAUAGGUCAGGGGUGAUGGAAGAGGACGGUCAUGUGGUGUAGGAGAAAACAGAGGCACGGACAUCGGAAUGCCACAGGCUGUCUCAUUGCUGCCCUUCCUGCUGGCGCUCAUGGGAUAUGCUUUUGCAGGGCUCAAUAUCUGGCCUUCCUUCCAUGUUGCCCUUAGCAACGCCAGUGUAUUUGUGGACUUCAGCACAAAAUCCAACAGCAGCACCAUCCGCAGCACGAGCCUCUCUCUGGUCAACACGGAAACCAACACCACCCUUCUGACCAGGACUCUACCCAACAACCAAUCGGCCGGUAGGGUGGAGUUCAACUGCUCUUGCUUCCUGUAUGCAGGAACUUUCCGGUUCCUGCUGAGGCAAACCAGCAUCUCUGCUGUUUCUCAUGCUAAUGGCACCGACGAUAGUAGCACAGAGAGCACCAGCUGGUGGUGGAGUUCCGAACUGCAGGUGCAGUGGCCCACCUUUCACAUCGCUGUGGAGAGGGCCGGAAACCACUCAGGAUCUUUUCAGGUUGGGAUGUCCACUAAUGAACACUUUCAGGCUUGCUCUAGUGGCAUUGACUCUGCUCUCUUCCUAGAAGUCAGCUACAUAGAAUACAACCAGAUAGGGCGAAACAGCAUCGACAAGGUCCGAGCCCGCACUCGACACUCAAUCAAACCCCUCCGUUCCCAGAGUGUUGAGGUGUCCUGCGCUUUCCCCUUCACAGAAAGAGACUUUAUACGAGUGGCUCUACGGUCUCCUCAUGCAGCACAGGAUGUGAAGAGCUCUGGACCUCUUUACCUGUCCCGUGUCUUCUCCUAUAAGCUUCUGGUGGAAAACGCCAACACUUACAGGAGUGGUUGUGAAGGGACUAUGACUGUUAAACUGAUAACCCCACCUUGUGCUCACAUCAAUGGGAAAGUAUUGCUGUAUAAGGAUGGAGGCGUUGGAAGAGCGGUUGCUGUUUCCUCUGGAAUUGGAGCAAGUGGAACAGCACUGAUAGGGUUUGGACCAGAAGAGCUGUCUUCUCCUCCGUUGGCUUUUAACUGGCUGACUCAGGGAGAGAAUGAGACAGAAUUCAACUGUUCUGUAUUUUACCCAGGAAGGAACAAGUACUGCUUUCGCUUUCUUUUCAACUUCAGUCGCUCCCCUAGUCCUGCACAGACCUGUUUGGUGGUUCACAGGAGUGCAGUGUCAUGGGGCCCAUGGCAGUCGUGGAGUGUGUGCAGUGUGAGCUGUGGAGAGGGGGUGAGGGAACGAGUGCGUGAGUGUUUGCUGCCCUCAGGUGUGGGAGGGAUGCAGUGCACUGGCAUGGUGAAAGAGCAAUCCCUCUGCUCACUGGAGGACUGUGUUGUGUUGCCUGCACCUUCUCCAUCCCUCCCCCAUGUGCCUGUCGGAGUUGCACCCCUCGGUGGUAACAUGGUCGUGGUGGCUGGUAUCUCCCUUUGCCUGGCUGUGAUUCUGGCUACUGUUGUGGUGACUGUGUGGAGAAAGCUUUGCCAGACCCCUCCAUGCAGCUCUGUCCGCAGAGGCUCCAUGCAUUCCCCCGGAGGACGCAAGCUCUCCGAUGAGGCCUCCAUUUGUGGCCACAGCCUCCAGAGACCCAGCCUGUCUGAUGCCCAUGGCCCACCAGGGGGCAUGAGUGUGGGUGUAGCCCAGAAAGACACUCCUUUCCUGGGCAGUCAGCCUCUCUCACAGACCCUGGUGAUACCUGUCUCACAGGACCCAGAAAGGCUGUCCCCCACAGGUCAGAAGUUGUUGCCACCAAUAUUUGGGUACCGAUUGGCUCAGCAGCAGUUGAAAGAAAUGAAGAAAAAGGGGUUAAAGGAGGCCACACAGUUGUACCAUGUCUCCUCAAGCCCAGUCCAUGAUACCCUGGUAGAGACAUCUGCUUCCCCUACCAACUCGCCCAUCCCUACACAAACUGGAGUUGCUCAUUCCACUCUCCCUUCAUCCCUCCAGGACGACGCCAACUACAGCCAUUUUUGUAUUGCAGCUCCCUUUUCUGAGCCACGAUUGCAGACUUCUAGGGUCACGCCGGACAGACUGAGUCCCAGAGUGGAGCUGGUCUUAGGCCCUCUUGUCUCUGCUCAUGCAAGUGGGGGCAGCUCAAAAUGGCGUGACCGCACCGCUGACUGGGUGGAGAUGGUAGAGAGAAGUGGGUUAACAGGUCUCAGAGGAGGGGGAGGAGAUGUAGGAAUGGGAAACUCCUAUCAUAAGAAUCCAAAUUUCCGCAGGACCUCCAGUUUUAAUGACACCAAACCCCAGCCUCCACCCUCUGCACACUCCAGACAGUUCAGAGAAAGGAGCAUGACUCAGGUGGGAUCUCGGACCCUUCCUGAAGGAAGUUGUUGGACCAAAGGAGGAUGGGAGAGGCAGCCAUACCGCUCUUACCCUAUUCCAGAGCAUGGGGCCUUAGAGUGGGCUAAAUCCAGACCUCAAAGAAAUGACCAGAGGAAGACCUGGAUAGAGACAGCUGUUCCUUCUCACAAUAAUGAACUCAAGCACACAGGAACCAACACAAACGGCCUUUCAGCAUCUGAGAAACAUGCUAAAGCAGACCUCAGUGGCACUGGGGAAAGGCAAAGGAGUGGUGAGACAGGAGGUGGAGGGGGAAUCUCAGGGAUUGGGGGUCCAGCAGCGGGGCCUGACAGCCUGAGUGUGGAUCGUGUAGAGCGGGCUGAACAGAACUGGAACCGUCGCGGCCCAUCGCCUAUCCAGAGGAACAUCCUGGCCCGGAAAUUAAAGGAGGCUCAGUCUUGCUCUGGGGUCAAGGGACGGCAGCGCAGCUCCACCUUUAGUGUAUCAUCCUCGGAGCAGAGGAAAGGUCGCUGCCACUCUCUGCCAAUGUCUGGAGACUACAGCAGCAGUAGCGGCUCGCCCUACAGGCUAAGUGAGGCAGAGCAGAGGAUGUUGGACCUAGAUCUGUCCUCAUAUGUAGGGGAGGAGGAGUAGAAAACACGUGUUUGUAGUACUGUACUACACCAGGAAGGAAUUGCCAUUGCCAUUUACAUUUAUCCCUAACCUAAAUCCUCUCUGCUAUAUCUGUGACUUUAACCACAUCUUAACACAGACACUCAUAUCCUUGAAGAUUGUAUUGUGUGUUAGAGAUUUACUGUAGGGAGUUUACGCAUCUAUGAGAAGGAGAGCAAAAAGUUGUUUUUUUUUCUUAAAAGAUAGUUUCAGAAGAUUCUGUUUCAAAGAAAAAGUUUUUCUAUUACAUUUUUUAAUCAGAAUUGUUUUAAUAUUUCAAAUAUUGAUAGGGAUUAUAACUGAAUAUAUUUUUUUCUUGUUCAGAGUAUGACCAUGUUCGAGUGUCUCUUUGUAAGUUUCUUUGUAUAUCAACUACUGGUACAGUAUUUACCAUAAUAAGUCAUUUAUUUAACAUGGUGUUGUACCUACAUCUGUAUGCACUGUUAAACACAAGCCCUAUCAAUGACAGUACUCGAAACACUACAGAAGACAGGUGAUUCUUGUUCUACACUGCUGUUUUUAUCGUGCUGUGAAGUCCCACUGUACAAUACUGUUUAAGGACAAUUUGAAUGUGUGAUACAAGCAAUGUCAAGUAUUUUCCAUGUGUUUUUUGCAAAAUGCACAAGUUAGAGCAAUAGCAUGUAGUUGUAACUAUGAUAUGAAAGUCGGUGAGGCAUUGCUGAGAUGCUGUUUUGUUUUAUUGUUUGAGUAAUAUACAUUUUAUAGAAAGCAAUUCUUACAGGAAAACAGAAGAUGCUGUACUAUUGCCAUUUGAUAAUAGUUUCAAAUAAUUAAGCAAAGUGAGAAAUUCAAAUACAAAGAAUUUAAACAUGA